AUGGCACCUAGAAGAAGAACGGAUCCCGAAUCCGACCUCAGCCGUCAAGAUAGACACCUCGAGCCAGAAAUCCUUGCAGAACCGCCCGAUAAUGUUUCGGAUCGGCUCCCAAGCGCGUCCCAGCGCAAGUCUAACUUACCACGUAUUAUCGAUUCCAAAGAGUCGAACCAGAGUCGCAGUUCCAAUUCAGCAACUACCAACAAGGUCCUACGAGCGAAAAACAGAGUACGGAGAGUAGCUAAACACAGUUCACGAGAAGAGCCUUUACUAUGGAUUGACGAUGGGUAUUACGAAGCGAACCCAUGGCAUGACCGGACGAAUAAAAAGCCAAUUUUCAGCCUCGGAGCGCCUUUGCCACGUAAAGUCCGCUGGGCUAAGGAACCAGUUGACCUGUCUGCUAGAUCUGUAUCCAAGUCUCCUGAAGACCUAGCAGAACUGGGAGAGGUCGACAUUGAUGGUGCAGGCGGGCCAAAUAUCGAGAGGCGGGAAAGCACGGCAGAGAAUGAGAACUCAGGGUUCAGAAGGACAGCUGCGGGCAUCACUCACGAGGAUCUUUGCAGUUAUGGAAUCGAUAGUGAACCACUAGGCCAGCGGAAACAUGGCGACGUGGAGAAAGGGGACAGGGACCCAGAUGAGUUCCGUAACUGGUGGGCCCGUAUACGAGCUAAGCAUCCUGAGCCGUUGGCUGAGUUUCUUGCGACAGGAAUAGCUGUAUUUAUGGGAUUAGGAGCAACUCUGUCUGUAAACCUCUCUGCUGCCCAGGAUGUAAAAUAUAGUACCUUUGAGACUUCAUGCUGGGCGUGGGGCUUUGCCUGGAUGUUUGGCAUAUACCUUGGUGGUGGUGUAUCCGGUGCUCAUAUGAACCCAGCUAUUUCGAUCAGCUUAUCGGUAUUCCGCGGCUUUCAAUGGCAAUCAUGCCUCGUCUACGUGGUUGUACAAUUUGUUGCUGGUAUUGCUGCCGGGGCUUUGGCUUAUGGUAUCUAUAGAGAUACGAUCAGAUAUGCCGACCCUACUAUGACCAACACAGCCAAAACCUUCUUCUCGAGUCCCCAGGAAGGGGUAUCGCUUGGCACGGCUUUCUUUGAUCAAAUUGUCGGUAGUGCAAUUAUGAUGAUUGCUGUUUUCGCUCUAGGAGACGAUCAGAACAACCCUCCCGGUGUGGGAAUGCACGCCUUGGUACUUGGGCUCCUAGUCACUACCCUGAAAUUUACUCUCGGGUACACAAUAGGAUCAGCACUGAAUCCAGCUUCGGACUUUGGCCCAAGAGUCGUAGCCUGGGCGGUGGGCUAUCGAGGCCCCGAAGUUUUUCAAAUAGGAUGGUGGUUUUACGACCUAUGGCUUGCUACUCUGAUUGGAUCCUUCAUCGGAUGUGCCUUGUAUGAUGGCUUCAUCUUUGUCGGAACUGAGAGUCCGAUCAACUACCGAAUAAGGGGUGGAGUCAAGAAGCAAAAUCAAAAGCUUUUUGAUUGUGCAAGAAGGAAGUGAUGAUACCUAGGUAGGUAGGUAUAGUUAUACUUUUUUGGUGGUGUAGGAAUUUAGAGAACUUGUAAUAGUUGAUAAG